AUGACCGAUGAUACCAUUGUCAACGAUAUUGAGAAAGGUCCUCAGUCUCCUACCGAUACCGAGCACACCCUUGGGGGUGAUGCUAUCAUUGAAAUCGGCGAGCAUGAGGGUGCCUCUACAGGCCGUUUUUCAUCGGACUCCAGCUACCGAUCAUCGACAAAUGGCGCGCAUGCACAGCCCCCUCAAAACGAGAAAAGUCGACCAACGUUUUUACGGCGAGUGACCGGCUCCUUCAAAUCCGAGCCAGAACCACCUGGAGUCACCGAAAUAAAAACGCGCCAGUUGGACAACACGCCCAAUGGAUAUCCCAGGCUAGCUGCUUUCCAGUCAUCAGAGACCAACUUCUCUCUCUAUCGUUCUUUCACCUACCUUCAUUCACGCGUCUUGCUCGACUUGCAGGACGAGAUCGCCAACCUAGAAAAGGAACUCGACGAAAUAGACUGGGAUGAUUUCGAUGAAGAACCCGAACGUCUCCGUUCACGUGAGAUCGAUGUCGCAAAAGCCGGUGACGAAGGCGAUGCGCGGAACCGAAGGGUAAUCCUCAAAGAGAUCAGAACAAAAUUGAUGGAGUAUGAUGAAGUCCUGAUCAAAGCUCGUACCCUAGAUAGUUUUCAGAAACCCAGUGACCGUAAUUAUCGCAGUGUACGACGCUUCCACCACAACCACAAGCCGCUUAUGGAUGCCGAGACGGAAUCUAUACGCAGUAAGGAAGACACCGUCUCGCUGCGCAACAGUGGGCGGGAAGGGGGUAGCUUUGAUGGCGGCCUAGAGAAGACUAUUUUCAAGAUUGAUGAGUGGAUCGGGGUCAUGCUUCAACUUCGAGCCAAAACGACAAACAAGUACAUCACCCUCUACAGCUCUACGCGUAUCGACAAGUUAGCCAACAUCCUCAUCACACUCAUCAUCUUUGCUCUCCUGGUUGUGCCAGUCGUCGCGAUGUACCUGCUCACAUCCACCAGUGUGCACAGCGGUAACGAUUCAGGAUCAUCGGAUUCUUCCGUCCUUUCUAUGGACUCUAAUACUAGGGAUACCCUCAAUGCUGUCGGCUUGCUGAUCGUCUUCACGCUGCUGUUUAGUGCGGCGAUGUCACUUUUGACGAAGGCUGCGAGACAUGAAUUGUUCGCUGCGUCUGCGGCGUAUUGCGCUAUUCUUGUGGUGUUCAUUGGGAAUUUUACGGGGCCGGGUAAUUAG